AUCAUACUUUUUUACCACCUACCUACUUUUUUUCAUGGAAAUGUAAUAUUGUAAAACUUUAUUAAUUUCUCUGGUCACAAGCGUACAAAGUGCAUAAUCCACAUGUAUUUUUACUUCUUAUAAGAAUGUAUCAGUGGAAGUGAUUACUGUGUUGUAAAUUAAAAUUUUCAAGUAGUGCUUGUGUUUUUACAAGUUGUAAGCAGGUAAAACUUCACAAUGAGUGCUGCCGGCGACGAAUUUAUUAAUUUAAAAAGCAAAAAGGGGUCUUUCUUGAACACACCGCGGGCUUACUCGGGCUUACCUACAGACGAAUACAAUGAGAAAGGCGACGAAAAGCCCUGGCAACGGGUGUUAUACGAAAUCACAAGAAAGGGAAUUCAUUUGUAUGAACCCGUGAAAUCAGUACCCAGUAUUCUAAUAAUCGUACUAUUAGGACUGUACCUGCUGCUCGGUUUCCUGACGCAACUCAUUGAGGAUGACAUGCCAAGGGUGGUGCAAGAAGUCAGUAUCGGCAGAGAUGAUUGGCAGACGUUCAGCGAAGAAUCAGCCCAGCGUUACCUGACCCAGAUCCUUGGAGGUCAGCCGCGCGUGGCCGGGACCGAGUUCCACCUGCAGAAGACCAGGGAUCUCUUGGAUCUUCUGAAUGGAGUGGCGGCGCAGGCGCGACUGACUGUGAAGACUGAUUGGCAGUUGGUCACUGGCGACUACUUCCUAAACUUCAGCGUGCCUUUCGUGAACUACUACCAAAACGUGUCCAACAUCGUCGCGCUCCUCGAAGGCGAAACUGGGUUCCACAGCAACGGCACCCUGGGCCCGGCCCUGCUGCUCAACUGCCACUACGACUCCGUGCCUUUUGCUCAAGGGGCAUCAGACAACGGUGUGUUUUGCGCGGUAAUGGUGGAAGUGCUAAGCCGACUGUCCCGAAGAACCACGAAGUUCAAACACAAUAUUUUGUUCUUAUUCAAUGGAGCUGAAGAAAACCCGUUGCAGGGCAGUCACGCGUUCUUACACCACCCGUGGUCGAAGGCCGUGACGGCCGUGGUCAACCUGGACGCAGCUGGAAUGAAUGGGAAGCCCUCGGUCUUUCAGGUAACGGACCCGCGUAUCCUUCGGGCCUACGAGCGAGGAACACCGCGUCCGUCUGCUCAAGCCGUGGGCGAGUUCUUAUUUACAUCGGGAAUCAUCCCGUCCGACACUGACUUCCGCAUAUGGAGGGACUUCGGGGACAUACAGGGCAUAGACAUAGCGUUCUCGAAGGGCGGGCAGGUGUACCACACACGCAACGACCGGCCCGAGUUGAUCUUACCUGGAGUCAUACAGAAUGCAGGGAAUAUGUUACUGCAUUUAGUGGCUGAGGCAGCUGACAUGGACUUGCAGGACAAGGCAACAGCGACACAAAUGGUGUACUUCGACUUCUACAACCUCUUCAUGGUGUCAAUAUCGCGAGUGGCCUCACACAUUCUGGACGCUUUCGUAGCGCUACUGGCUUUACUCUCGGUGGCUUACUACAUAUGGCUCGUUGGAUGCCGGUGGUCCACGGUUCAGGAGCUGUUAUGGGCGGCUGCAGGACGUACAUGCUGCCUCGUGGGAGGCGUGGUCAUAGUGGCUGUGCUCGUCCCUAUCAUGGUAGCUACCACGGUGCAGAUGAGGUAUAUAUCGAACCCCUGGAUAGCGGUGCCUAUGUUCUGGCUGCCAUACAUGGUGGGAACCAUCGCUGUGGCACACGCCUUCGACGCCUGGAGGACUAAGAAGAGCGGCCUAAACCGUUCCAUCCGUGCGCUCCAAGCUAUGGCGGCCACGCGUUUCAUCCUCGCCGUCAUCCUCAUUGUCAUGGCGUGCAUACCAGCUGCCACGAGCGUGCGCUACGUGAUAUCCGUGCCUCUGUUCAUGACGACUAUGGCUUCAUUUGUAUCUAUGACGUGUGUUAGAUACGUGCGGCUACAAGGCUGGCAACACCUCCUCCUAGAGUUCGUGCUCUCUAUCCCAGCUGUGAUGUUCAUGUUCGUGCUCAGCCUCCGAUUAGAUUCGACCUUGUUCCCCAUCAUGGGCCGCUCGGCCGGGAACAGCCCGGAUUACACCGUCGCGGUCGUCAAUGUCGGCAUGGCGGUCAUCACGUGCGUUACUGUGUCAGGAGUAGAGCUCCUGUUCUCCCGCAAGCGUGUCUGGAUGCCUCUGACCGCAGUAAUGCUAGCAUCAAUGGUCUGCAUGUUCCUGCCACUAAGCCCCUACCACGAAGACGGCGUCGCCGUGCAGAGGCACUACUGGCUGCACUCCGAACUCGUCACAUACGACGAACAGAAGCAAGCGACUUCUCGCACGUCGGGCGUGUUCGUAACCAAAAUGGAUCCCUACACCACACAGCGGGUGCUGCCUGCCUUCUCAUCGGCUGGCAUACAGCUCAACAGCCGGACUGACUUUGAAGCGGAUUGUCAGAGUAGACUGUACUGUGGACUGCCGCUGUAUAGGGUCGCUAUGGGGCAGGCUAUAUCGCAAGGCCUGUUCAUGUACACGGGCGCGCCGGCAGCGUUCUCUCCCGCGCCCGACGUGGCUCUCGCCAACAAGACGUGCGCCGGGGAACUGUGCACGUAUCACUUUGUGCUCACAGUGGCACCCCAUAACGUGAUUAUCCUGUGGCCUCGCGCCAACAUAUCAAUAUCGAGCUGGUCGUUUUCGUCUCCCGUGGAGCCUGCCUUCACACAAAAUGGCCGCCCUGUAUACAUAGUUAUGCACUCAGUGGCGACGUAUAGCCAGACGUUCGCGAUGUUCGAAUUUACUUUGGUAUUGAAUGUGCCCACAUCUCUUCAGUCAGGCCCAGCGCUGGACUUCUGCGACCAGGCGCACCUUAUCCAACACCCCCAGGUGUUCACGGCCGAAUACAGGCGUCUAUUGGAAGCCGCGCCCAAGUAUUUCAACGUAGCCAGUGUGCUCACUAUUAGAAGCGAUUACGUAUUUUAAAUUCGAUCGUAUUUGACAUUUAACGAGACCAGAUUUUGUGAAAAAUAUUAUUGGCAGGUAGUUGCUAAUUACUCAUAAGAUAGGCCCCCUUAAUUUAUUGAUAUUUAUUGUCCGUGGUGCAUAAUCUUUUAUUGAAGGUUUUAAACCUUUGUUUGUCACCUGUCAUCCGCUUUGCAAUGGAGGGAAGUCGAACCUUAAUUUCGAACUCCUCCUAUGUUCUUCUGAUUAAUUUUGUUGCGGGUCCAAUGACAGUUUAACUUUCCCCCGGGACAAACUUGACCUUUAUUUGUUGGGUUUUGUGGCGGUCAAGCUGUAGAUCCUGGCUACACAGGAGUUGCAGUGGUGGGAACGAGAGGUGAGAAUAGUCCCGAGACCAGUGAGGUUACUAUGAAGGCUAUCCGUUUUUGUACUUAACAGUAGGCAGUAGCGAGUGACAGGGAGCGUACUGUGAGUUUACUUCAAACGCAUUCGAUGUCGACUGCGUAAAAAAGUGACAUUAAAUGUAUGACGGAUUGUACAGCUCCCCUAGCGGAAACUUUCAAAACUAAAAUCUUCAUAUUUUAUAACGCAGUCGAUAUCGAAUGCGUUUGACGUAAACUCACACUACGCCCGUAGGACCUUACUUUACCGUGGCGCCAUUGUCUUAGCCACAGGCGAGUGUACUAAAGUGGCGCCAUCAAAGGACCAGUUUUUUUAUUCAUAGUUAAAUUAACCAAUAGUCAAAUUUGGCAGACGUCAAAUGACAAGUGGUUAAAUAUAGUUCCAAAAUACUGAACUGUCCUAUGCAUGACAUUGACAGUGGGGCGCCACCGUCAAUACCGGAUCGCUGGUUCCGAUUUUUGCCAUGUUGGAAACCAUAUAGUUGAACGAUGGUAGCGCCCCCCUGUCAUUGAGUUUGGCGGGACAGUUCAGCGUGGGUCAUCUAUAACAGAAAAAAAUGAUUUUCGAACAAUGGUUAGCUUGACUUUUAGUUCAUUUUUUUACUGUUAGUUUACAUUUAGUUAAUAUUGAACUAUUAGUAGCAAAAUUUAACAAUUACAUAAUUUAACUACGAAUCAAAAAACUGGGCCUUAGUGAGUGCGUAGUGACAGUCCUACUGCUUCAGCGCUCACCAGUUGGCGGCACUGUCUUAUCCACUGGCGCCAAAACAAUAGCCGUUUUUUUUUACGUGUUUUAGUUUGAACUCUGCCAUAUUUGGUAGUGUCUAUGGAACUUGUCAUAGACGUAUUUGUAACCUAACUCAAUGACUUACAAAGGAAUCGUUAGAACAGUAAUUAUUGAAAAUACAAAGCGACUUAGGACAUAAGCUUAAUGUAUUCAUAGUAGUUGCUUUAAGUCUAGCGCUAACUCAGUGCCUAAAGCCUGGUCCGUGAGCACGUACAAUUUUGUCCAAUGACCCCAAGCUACCCAUCCUUAUCGCUCGCGCGUAAUUAUGUUGCUGUCGCGACUGUGCGACGGGCGCCCGCAGUGAGUGUGCGAACGCGACAGCAACAUAAUUACGCGCGAGCGAUAAGGAUGGGUAGCUUGGGGUCAUUGGACAAAAUUCUACGUGCUCACGGACCAGGCUUUAGCGUAUGCCAUGGUAGCGGCACGGGAAGGUGUUUUUACCCGACUGCGCCAGAAGGAGGGUUAUGUUUUCCGAGUGUAUUGUUUUUGAGAUGUCAAACGUCAAUAAGACUUCAGAUUGCUUUCGGAUUUGUAUGCUCUGCCCUCCUUGCCGCUCCCUGGCACUGAGUUAGCGCUCUAUAACUAUUUGUUGGGUAGAAAACUCAGUGUAUUGCUCGCACGCAUAGGCGGUUCCAGUGCAAGUUGUUUUCGGACCGAACUGAAUCAACCAGCAACCAUAGAUGGCGCUACGUGUCUACGUUACUAUAGCGUAUUAUCGUGGACACGUAGCGCCAUCUAUGAUUUAAUGUAUGAACUAGCUUGUUCCGAUGUAUAAAAGUUGAUAGAACCAUAGAUAGCGCCUUACAAAUAGUUACUUAUUGUGUAGAUAGAUGGCGCUAAAUAGUAUAUUUAAUUGGUUUACAUUACUAUUGUAAUAUUUUUAUUAAAAGAGUUAAUUGAUCAGGGAAAAGUCUACAGGGUGGAAAUUGGAAUACCACAUUAUUUACCAAUUUAUUUAUUUUAAAAUCUAUUUAUUGACUAUUUAUUCGACUUUUUUAUGUAGUUUCUUGGAGAAACGUGUUUGUGUUGUGUAUAAAAAUGAUUAUUUAAUCUUGUUGACUUAUUGGUAUUUAUGUGCUCAAGAGAAUCUUUUAACAACGGUUGUAUGGGCUCAAAAAAUCUUGCCAGUGUUAUUUUUAACGAGGGUAUUGAAAAGGUUACGUAAGUGGACCAAAGAAAUAAAAAAAUAGUUACGGUAAAAAAA